AUGGCGAGUAAAAUCUGUGCCGUGCCAGCCUUCAGCAUACAAGCGACGAGCAACCUUGGAGCACCGCUGGGACGUUUUCCAGACAUGGACAAGGACGCGUUCGCGAGUGCGUCUUCGAAGAAAGGAUGGGAAGACAUUGAACGGUCAUGCGCGCUGAUGGAUUCGAGCAACUUGCAGAUCGACGGUAUAGAUCUGACGGAUCUUUUGGAGGAAGACGACGACUUGCAAGGGAUAAACUCUACAUCAGAGGCCGAAACUUCUGAGCAACUUCAACUUGAAGCUGCUCUCGACGCGUUACACGUUUCGAACGACAAACAAUCGCCUCUCGGGACGGGAGGUGAUUCGCUCGCUGCACCUUUCGUCGUGCCUUGGGAUUGCCUGCCCCCCGCCUCUACCAGCAACGCCGCUUCCGCCGUUCCCGGCGCCGCGAGCGUCGCUAGGAUGCAAUGCACCGGAAGUCUCAAGGACCGCCCCGCGCAGCCUAUGGUUAGCUCUCCGCCAGCUUCCAAUGCGGUCCUGCGCGGUUCUGUGGAUCCAUUUCUUAUGAAAUAUCGCUUAGACACGCAGGCGUCGAGCCAUAGCUUCGGUGGCCUGCCUUCUGCUGCGGAAGGCUCUUCUGGUGGUGUUACAGGCAGGAGUAGCUGCAGCGCCUCGGGCCUAAGCUGGAACCCGAGCUCGAGCCUGAGUGACAAUAACGGAAGUCCGAACGGGAGCCCGAGUGGCUUGAGGACCAGGUUCGGUAUUUCAAAAUCGCACCCCACCACGGAAGUAGGUUUGGUGGAUAGUGAGCGAACGGGCGAGAAAAGGGGAGAGGCGUCCGGUGCGGAGAGGGAUGGGGGGAGGCAGGGGGGAUGGAGUGCGCAAGAGAUGGCAUUGGAGAAUUCGCCGGUUCGAAAAGCUGCCCUGUCCAUGCGUGUGAAGGCUGGAGCCAACCCUGCUGCUGUGGAGGCAUAUUUGAGGAUGAGGGCGCAGAGGGACGGUGCUGCGAGGGUUGUGCGCAGAUGA